UUGAACUCCUUUUUCUAUCAAGUGAACUUAAAUAAAUUGUUCAAAACAACACUAAUUAUUUAAAAAUGUUCAAGUUUGUGAUCCUUGCCUUACUGGUUCCAGCAGUUAUACUGCAGUACGCCGACGACAUUAACUAUGAGGAUUGGGAUAUCGUUCCUUUUGACCGAUGCUCGAACAAACGGCGUGCACCAGCAAGCCUUAUGAUCAAAAACUGUCCUCAGAUGCCGUGUGUUCUGGUGCGAGGAGCUGAUCCUAUGAUGGUUGCCAUGAACUUCACUUCUCAAACCGAUGCAACCAGCCUGCGACCAAUUUUAACGCUUACCAUGCUAGGUAUCACCGUACCGUACGAGUUGUCUGACAAUUUGACAACUGCCUGUAACUGGUUGGUUGGAGCACGCUGUCCCAUCUCCGUCGGAGAGGAUUUAACUUGGCAUCUGGCCUUGCCGAUUAACCCAAUCAUGCCGCUGGUUUCGAUCACCUUUGAGCUGGAGCUUCAGGACUACAAAGGAAACACGCAAGGAUGCUCCAUGUUUGAUACUGUUGUGGUAGCUAACUAGGGUAAACUAAGGCAGAAAUUGACAGAUUUUGUAUGAUUUAAUCUAAAGUGGUCCUUCAUCUUUUAUCAAACAGAAAUUAUCAAAAUUGUUAUAAACACAAACAAGUACCCCAAAUUGAAAUAAACUUUUAUCAGUUCAAUGAGUA